GCUUCCCGGCCUGGCCGCGUCCGUCCCCCUUCGGGCGGACCACGCCCGCCCCCUCCGCCGAGAGCCUGGGAGCCCGGGAACCCCAGGCCCCAGACACUUGGCGUCCCGGAGUCCGGGGCCGGGGCUCGGCUGGUGGGGCGCUAUGGCGACAUGGCGACGUGAUGGCCGGCUGACUGGCAGCCAGCGGCUGCUGUGCGCGGGGCUGGCAGGAGUGCUCAGCUUGAGCCUCACCGCGCCGCUGGAGCUCGCCACCGUGCUAGCCCAGGUCGGCGUGGUGCAGGGUCGAAGCCGGGGACCUUGGGCCGCGGGGCUCGGCGUGUGGCGAGCUGAGGGGCCCCGGGCUCUAUGGAAGGGGAACACGGUGGCGUGUCUGCGCCUCUUCCCUUACAGCGCCGUGCAACUCACCGCCUACCGCAAGUUUGUCGUACUCUUCAUGGAUGACCUGGGCCAUAUUUCCCAGUGGAGUGCCAUCAUGGCUGGAAGUCUUGCAGGCAUGGUUUCCACCAUUGUAACGUAUCCUACAGACCUCAUCAAAACGCGCUUAAUUGUGCAGAAUGUGCUGGAACCAUCUUAUAGGGGGAUCCUCCAUGCUUUUUCUACUGUUUAUCAACAGGAAGGAUUCCUGGCCCUUUAUCGAGGAGUUUCCCUUACAGUUUUAGGUGCUCUCCCUUUCUCUGCUGGCUCUCUUCUAGUAUACAUGAAUCUGGAAAAAAUCUGGAAUGGACCCCGAGAUCGCUUCUCUCUCCUCCAGAACUUUGCCAACAUCUGCCUGGCUGCUACGGUGACCCAGACCCUCUCCUUUCCAUUUGAUACAGUGAAGAGGAAGAUGCAGGCUCAGAGCCCCUUCCUUCCCCGCUGUGGAGGAGUAGAUGUCCAUUUCUCAGGAGCCACGGACUGCUUCCGGCAGAUAGUGAAGGCCCAUGGGGUACUGGGGCUCUGGAAUGGAUUGGCAGCCAACUUACUGAAGAUAGUUCCAUAUUUUGGAGUUAUGUUUGGUACCUUUGAGUUCUGCAAGAGAAUCUGUCUUUACCACAAUGGUUACAUUGUGUCUCCUCUGAGCUAUAAAUUGACCCCAGGGGUGGAUCAGAGUUUGAAACCCCAGGAAUUACGGGAAUUAAAGAAGUUCUUCAAAACUGGAAAACUAAAUUCUAGAAAACCAACUCUUUAAAACUGAAUGGAACUACAAGUGCACUGACCGAAGGCGUGUUGCAAUCACGGAUAAAUUUAGCUUCAAAAUUGCACAACUUGAGGAGUGAGGAGAGGGUACUCCUGUCUGCUGCUCUUGGAAAUGAGAAGACUCAGCCAUAUGCUACCUCUGAGCUCCAAAUUGAUGUCCCUGGGAACACCUGCACCUCAGGAAGGUUUCCCAACAUGACUGUCCCCUGAUGGCAUUCCACUAGAUUUUAUAACAAAAGCUAGCAGUAAUGAUAUGUGCUAUUUACACAAUACCAAAGAAAGGACAUUCUCAUGACACCUCAAAGCAACAUGUAGUUGAAGUGGCUGAGCAGAGGCCACGUCGUGCUCUCAGUCACAGCGUCACAGCUUGCACUAACCCACAUCAGCUUAGUUUUGCUCAAUUUGACCUGAGGCUUCCUAAUAUACUCACUCUGUAACUCAAAAGCUUUGCUGACUUAUGAGUGCACACACCACAGUGUAAAUUAUGCCUUCUUGGAAGCUAACUGAAAAUAUUUUUUAAAUUUCUUUAUUGAUUAAGGUGUUACAUAUGUGUCCUUAUUCCCCCAAUACCCCCUAACUGAAAAUAUUUAACAUUUAAAAGUUAUGAGUAUCAUAGUAGAACUAUCCUUUAGCUAAAUUUGAAGCAUCCCAGGCUUAAAUCUUGUUUCAGGAAAGCAGUUUUUAUCAUGACUGUCUAAUUAUGCCCCAAAAGACCUUCUUUGAAUUGCAGUCAUGUAUAGUGUAAGUGGCCUGAAUUCUCUGUCUUUUUUACUUGCUUUGCAAGCCUACCCUGAAAAUAAAUUAUUCAGUCAACUUAAGUUAUUCUCAGAAGAUGUCCCAGUUGCGUAGAAAGGAUCAAAUAGAGCAUUUGACACACAUACAAGAAAACAACAACAAAAAACCAUAAAUAACUGAACAAACACUUUAGGCUAGUCAUGUCUACCAGAUUUUUAAAAAGUCAAAUUUUGGAUUGUUCCACCUUGGAGAUUCUGUCAAGUUUAUAAAACUGUACUUUCAAAUAGUGCCUGUCUUUGCAUUAAAAAUGUCUAAUAUUAUGAUACUAAUUUAUACAUACGCAAAUAUAUUGAAAGGAUUUUCCCUAUUAAACUUAUU